GCGCACACUUAACAGCUCAAUAUUCGAGAAUUACAGCCAGGCUGGCUUUGCAUCAUCCAACUGAUACCACAUCAGCUUCUCCCGACACGCACAUAUACAGUACAUUAUACGCUUUUAAUUCUUAUCGGGAUAUUGAUGCAUUUUCCUACACGGUCACCCUAGCGGGCCAGCCGUUGGUUUUUGCUCUUAUUUCCCACUCGCGCGCGUCCCGAGGCUGAUCCACGCUAUAAGAUGGCUGAGCUCAAUUUGGGCAAGGGGUUGACUGCGGGGAAAGUGGCCAGCAACGUUCAGAAGAAGCUAACGAGAGCCCAAGAGAAGGUUCUCCAGAAGCUCGGGAAAGCAGAUGAGACCAAAGACGUUGCUUUCGAGGAGGGAGUCAUAAACUUCAACAAGCAAUAUGCCGAAGGGAGCAAACUCCAGCGAGACCUCAGAGCAUACCUGGAGGCUGUGAAAUCCAUGCACGAGUCCUCGAAGAAUGUGCAGGCGUGCCUGGCUGACAUGUAUGAGCCCGACUGGUAUGGCAAGAAUGAAGUCGAUUCCAUUGUGGAGGACUGUGAUGUGCUCUGGACUGACUACCAUCAAAAGUUGGUUGAUCAUGCGCUCAUCUCCAUGGAUACCUAUUUGGGACAGUUUCCUGAUAUUAAGGCCCGUAUCGCCAAGAGGGACAGAAAGUUGGUGGAUUACGACAGUGCCAGACACAACUAUGCCACCACACAUAAGACCAAGAAAAAGGAUGGCGGUAUUAAAAUCACCAAGCCAUCCUCUUUGUUGGAGAGGGCAACUCCCGGCUGGGCUCAAGGGAUCCUGUCUGCACACAAUGUCGCCCAGAGUAGCUUAUCCAGGAGCCAGGCAGAGGAGGAGUUGGAGAGAGCGCAGAAGGUGUUCGAGGAGAUCAAUAUUGACUUACAGGAGGAGUUACCUUCACUUUGGAACAGUCGUGUUGGAUUUUAUGUCAGCACCUUCCAGAGUUUGGCUGGUUUUGAGGAAAAGUUUCACAAAGAAAUUAGCCGGUUGGAUCAGGAUUUAUAUGAUGUCUUGGAGAAACUCGAACAGACAGACACAAGCAGUGGCAUUGAUGAGUCCGACCACACUCUCAAACCAGGAGGACCACCGCCAAUUCCAAAAUCCCCAUCCAAGCUCAAACCAGCAGUGCCUCCUCCACCCAAGGUGACCCCAUCCAAAGAGAUGAAAACAGAAAAUAUCAUCAAGCUGUUUGAUUCUGCAGCAACUCCUGAUAUUAGUGUCACCUCUCCGACAGAGCCAGCAAACUGGGACUCCUGGCCAGAGGACGGCGGUGCCCAAGAAGAGCCCACCAAGAUGCACUAUGACGCCGUGGCGGCUGCUGCGGAGGCCUGGGGGGAUGAUGAUACGCCGCCUGCCCACUAUGACCCCAUAGCCGCUGCCACAGAGGGCUGGGGGGACGACAGUACCCGAGCGGUUCACUAUGACGCGAACGAGGAUUGGGGGGAUGAUGAAACUCAGCCGGCUUAUGAGGAACCUGUGGCUGAAGCCCAGGAGAGUCCGGUCGAGAACGAGACCCAGCCGGACACAGAGGCCGCCGCGAGUCCUGCUGAAGCUUCGGCCGACGUCUACGAAGAGGAAGCUCCUCCUAAUGCUGCUAAUGAAGAGGAUCAGGGUGAGUCUGAAACAACUCCAGAAGCAGCUCCUGAAGAAGAAGCAGCAGAAGCAGAAGAAGAAACAACAACAGAUGAUACACCUGCAGAAAAUGAAGAACCAAUAGAAGCAAAGGCGGAGUCACCUGAUAUGCCCCCUGGUUUCCUGUUUAAAGUCAAAGUGAUGCAUGAUUAUGCGGCAAACGACACGGACGAACUCGAAAUGAAGGCAGAUGAUGUGGUGCUAGUAACAACCUUUGACAACCCAGAUGAACAGGAUGAUGGUUGGCUGAUGGGAAUAAAAGAGGACGACUGGAAGCAGAAAAAAGAAAAUGGCACCAAAGGAGUAUUCCCUGAGAACUUCACCCAGCGGCUGUGAAAGUUUCAUUGUUAUGCAAACUUUUUUUUUUUUUUCCUUCAUCCCCUUGCCUCUAUUAUCCCCACGCCCUGUCCUAUUCUUGCCCUGUCUAAUUACUUGGACUUUGACCAUAGACAGUGCUGAAAUCGCAGUUCCACUACUGUGGAAUUGGAACAAAGUGAGGUUAUAGAAAUGACAGCCAUUCCAAGGGGCCAAAUAUGAGACCUGUGCUAUCGUUGACUGGACUGAUUAGUAAAUCCUGACCUCACGCAGGAUAGCUGGAGAUGUGGCUCCCUCUGUAACGCCUAACCGUAACUCACUCGUUACAUUUCAAUAUAAAUCAUCUCUCAUGUUCGACUCGCGAACACAUUAUCGCUAAAUUAAAGAAUACGUAGUCAGUUUGUUUAUGAAAGAAAUCUCUGGUUGGGUCUGUUUUUGUCACAUGUAGCAAGUAUUUUCUAAAUAUUCAGGGACGGUGAGGUGUUAAGAUCAGGUGUCAAGGAUUUGUUGUUUACUGAUUAGAAAUCAGUGUAGUUAGUCUUGGGCAGCUGUAACAAUCGUUCACAUCUUAAUUUCUUAUUCCCACUCAACAUGGGCCCCUGGUUGUUGCAUUAAUUUCUUUUUCAUGGUGAUAAAAGUGGUUUCACAGUGUUGUUCGGUAAGUUAUUAUGCAUUAAAUUAUCAACACAAGAGCCGUAUGUCCAGGUCAAAGUUGGUCACUUUGGAAAUGUCUUUCCCCCCCCAAAUAUGCAUAAAUUAGGCUUGCCUCAAAGCUUUCCUGCAAACUGCACCAAUGAGAAGCUGCUACUGGUACUAAAAUAGUUAGGCAGACCUAAUCACAUUUUAAUCAAACAUGUUCUAACUGAGCCAGCUUCAUUCACUUUCAAAAGGCGUGCUGAGAUCAGCUCCUCCUAUUUACAUCCAGACAACUUUGGUCACAAAUGCAAAUGUUUCCAAAUAUGCACCAGAGCUACUUGUUUUAUUUUUGUAUGCUGCCAAGCAAUGAUGACACUAUCGCCUAUAGCAGCCGACAUAUUUGCCAACUGAGGAUGCUACAGAGCAUUUUGUACUUAUUUCAGGUUCUCUGCUCUUACAUAGUCCAAACACAUUCACAGACUCAACAUAGAUUCACAUCUGUUAUUAUUGUAUUAAAGUGAGUACGAAGUGUGUGCGUGCGUGCGUGUGUGUGUGUGUGUGUGCGUGCGUGCGUGUGUGUGUGUGUGAUUGUAUGUGUGCUUAAGAAAUACAAUUAUUUAUUUAUAGGCUAAUGUUAUGGGACAAACUCCUGGAAGGAGUUCGUCCGUUUGACAGGGAGCUCUUCAGACAACACAAAUGUAUUGGCUGGUAUUACAGGUUCCAGAUGUUAUCGUGCAUUUGUUGUGUAUAAGUGUAAUUUUGCAAAGUGAUGACAGCUACAUAUUCUAUGAAGACAUUCAUAUCUGUGUGUGAGUUAAUGUGAGCAUGCUGACUUCCCAUGUGUUGUUGUGUGAAAACGUUUCAUUUAAGACAAUGCUACUGGGAUUGCAUUUGAGGUCAUUGGUUUCCCCCAUGAAAAACUUUGUUUAUUUAUUUAUUUUUUUAUAACGGGGCUUUGAGCCGAUUUGUAUUGGAUGUUUACACACUGCCCCCUUCCCUUGUGAUUUUCCAUCAAACUUGCCUCAAAAUAUUGCCAGUGUAUUGUGGUCCGAAGAGAUUAAAUUGUGAUUAUAUGGAGGAAAGACAUAUAGAGACUGAUUUUUCUUUUUUUUAAAUCAAUGUUCAGUCGUUUGACCAUGUGAGGUUUGCUGCAUUUUCCAUGUGUAACUUACAGUCACGUGUGAGAACAACGGCUCCACUGCUCUCUGUUUUGUUUUGUUUUUCAAUUCAUUUUUUCCUCAGUCCGGUUUUCUAUAAUACAAGUCUCCUGUGAUUACUUACGGGAUAAAAAAAAGUUAUCAUCCUUACCUACCCGAUCAAUAUUUAAAAAAAUAAAGGACUUCAAC